AUGUCUCGUCCCAAGGCUGAGGCUACGGGCUCCCUUUUGGCGACUUUGGAACACACUGAAGAAGAUUUCAACCGCGAUGAGAGGACUCAGGCGGUAGGGUGCGUCGGCGGUCAUUCGGAUUUGGUAUGGUUGCACACACUACAGCGCGGCCUUGACCAUGACAGCACUGCGCCUGGCGGCGAGACGCCAGAUCAGUUGUCAAUCUCAUCCAUAAGCUACUUUCAAGAUGACGUCAAUAUCUUAGGCUUUGACUAUGUCGACCUACUAGGUCGACCCCAGCAACACGUCGCUGAUAAACUCGUGGAUGACUUCUUCCAAGCCGUGCAUCCUGUGUUCCCGGUUAUUGGAAGGGGGAUGUUUCUGGGUCAAUAUCGGUCUCUCUAUAUGAACCCAUAUGUGUGCCCAGGGAAACGAUGGCUGGCUAUUCUAAAUCUGGUGUUUGCCAUUGCUGCAAAACACUCCCUGCUUGCCGAUAGCCAACCUGAAGGAGACGUUGAUGCUCCUUCGUUGUUCUUUGCUCGAGCGUGGUGGCUCAGCAUUGAUAAUGUAGCGUUGAUGGAACACCCCAACCUGGAGCAGGUGCAAGUAGAAGGUCUGGCUGCUUUUUACCUUCUUUCCGCCGGUCAAGUCAACAAGUCAUGGCGACUGAUCGGGCUUGCAAUUCGAUCCGCGGUAGCUAUGGGUCUAAACCUUCGUAGCGAAGCAGAUGAAAUUGGUCAGGUCUCAAAAGAAACUCGAUACCGCGUAUGGUGGGCAUUGUUCACGCUAGACACGAUGUUGUGUGUGAUGAAAGGUCGCCCGCCCAGCAUAAGCGACAAGUUUUGUACCACGCCUCUACCGAUUCCCUAUCGAGAGGAGGACUUUGGGACCGAAAGGAUCGCGCAACUAAUUACCAACCGAGGCAUCAGAACCGCCCUGAUGGAAUCCUUGUUAUCAUCAAAAAAGGCUAUAGCUUGUCGAAGCGAAGGUUUAAAAGAUCACACUGUGGCAAGCUUCGGGUUAAGAACGGGCAAGAAGGAAACUAAACCAGCCGCUCAAUCCAUCACCGAACCCUUAAUACCAAAUAUCUCCUUGUACUUUCUGUACACGGUGGACUUAGCGUUUCUUACGCGAGAGGCUAUACAGACUCUGUACGCUCCUGGCGUGUCGAGAAGGCCUUGGCUAGAGAUGGAGACGACAAUCUCCGGCCUUAGCAAUACUGCUGACAGUUGGCUUUCCUGUCUUCCAGCAGAAUUCCAAUUCAAAAAUCCGGUCCCAAUCCGACCAUUUGCCCCCCAGCGCACCAGCCUCGCCUUCUCCUUCUACGCCACCAAGAUCCUCAUCUCGCAGCCCUGCCUCCGCCAUCUCGCCUACCAGCGCCCCGGAACAGGCUCUCUUGGGGCCCUCUGUGAUACCAUGGCAGCAAUGUGCGUGAAGAUUGCGAGGCAAAUGCUUGAGCUCCUCCCCGACGAGGCAGACACUGCCUGGCUUUACACGAUCUCCCCUUGGUGGUGUAUCCCGCACUAUAUCAUGCAGCCCACCACCAUUCUCCUAGUUGAGCUAUUCACCCGCACUCAACCAAGAACACCUAAGGCCGCCAGUCUCGUCAAGGAGAUCCAGAAGGCCAUACGGUGGCUGCGCGAAAUGUCCACUAAAGAUCCUUCCUCACGACGAGCCUUUCUUAUCUGUACAGAUAUCCUAUCACGGCACGGCUCGAAAUUCGCCAUAUAA